AAGACUCCCACUUGAUGAGGACCUAAAUCAACGGUCGAAACGUUGUGAAAGCGUAUUUAAUAAAUAUGACCAGCUGAGGUCGAUUGAAAUUGGAAAUUUGAUUAUUAAUACUGGCAAUCUGAAGAAACAUAACUUAUAAAAUAAUACUUAAUACUUGUAUGUGUAUAUACUCUCUACUGCUAGUUAUACCGCACGAUUAAUUAAUUAACGGUAGUAAAGAGAAUAGUCGAAAUCAAUCGCUAUUUUUCGAGAGAUAAAGCAACGGAACAACUAAGGAAGAAAGUCACUGCAGUCGAGCUUUGUGCCAUAAAGCCUAUUUACACAUUCGCAACUGGCAUUGUUACACAGCGUUGUGUAAUUAGUCGAGUUUUUGUCAUUGCUCCCUAUGCACAGUUAUGUCGCCGACAAUAAUAUUGGUCUUUGUUACGUGAGUGCCAGCAGACGUCAUCGUAAAGCACAAUCACAUACGCGGGACAGUAGACUUGCGAGAGAUACGGGAGAUGAGUAAUCGCAAUCGUGCAAUUUACAAUAUAACAAUGUAAACGUAUAAACUGAGCACGUAUGAGUUAACACUUUCACCACCGCGGUCACUAGUUAUCGACAUUAAGUUUUUUCUUUAUUUUUCAUCACAGUAAUUCUCAUGAGCCAACUGUCAAAUAAAUGUCCAACAUUUUUUCUACAACUUAAUACUACAAUAGAAAUUAAGUAUUUUAUUGCUCUUUUUCAUUAAUCCGGCGUGAAUGGAAAAUUAGUUAAAAUACGCUUAUUUUUGUUAUGUACAUUAUACACACAUACAUACACAUGUGCGCGCUUGUUGGCAUAUGUAGGGAGAGAGAGAAAGAGAGUGGGGGAGUGACAGACGAAUUCUAAUUACAAUACUUUUUUAUAUGUGGUAUAUGCUAGAUAUAUAUAUUUUUAUCAUCAAACAUAAUUCCUUCUUACUAUUCUAGUAUUGUAUUAUUAACCGAGCUAACAGUAGAUAAGCCUUUUAUGUAUUGCGUUAUCGAUUCCAUCGUAAAGGCGAUGGUAACAGGAGAUGGAAGAAAGUGUCGAUUUAUAAUUGGUUUAUAUAUACCGCGCCACACGUUUCUAUCCACGUGAAUUAAAUUUAUUCAGUGUCGACCGAACGCAUCAGUCAGUUGACUAAUUGUAAGCGUAAUUUCGAUACCGAGAUAAUGAGCGAUUCUCGGUUAAUAUUGUAUCGUGAAUAUUAUGACCUUCAUCGAGAUAAUGUUAAAAUUAGCUCUUUCAAUUUCUAUGCGUAUAAUUAUAGUAAUUUUUAUGACACAAAUAGAGCAGAAUAUAUUUUUAUUAAUCCAUUCAACUCAAUGGAUGCGUAUGAUUCUUACAACAAAAAUUCUAGUAUUUAAAAUUUAAACUGAUAUAAACUUUUCUUAGAAAAAUAUACAAGAUAUAUAUAGGAAAUAUGAUUACUCCUACUUUUGUUGAUAUGAUCGAUGAAUUUAUCGAUAUUUCUCAAAUACACAUUCAUCUUGUUGACUUCAUCAUUAUGAGAAAUGAAAAUUCUCUAAUCUAUGGGAUACUUGAAAUCAUAAGAAUAUUCUUCCGAUACAAAGAAUGCAGAUGAAUUUGACAGGGAACUAGAUAAUUGGCACUGCACGUAUUGAUUCUUAAAAGUAUAUUCUCUCGCAGGUAUAUCCACCCCUUGACAUCGAUCGGUAGGUUCAAUGACCGCAGUAUAUAAUUACUUUGUAAGAACUAGACUGUAGAUGAGAGAAAGAGAGAGAGUGAGCAGCACUCCCAAAAUACCAAAUUAAAAUUAUAUUCUUGAAUGUCGGUUACGGGACCACCGUCAUUUCAUCACUACGAUUGUAUCAUCAGAAUCAUGCGGAAUUGAAUAUUAAAGUUUAAGUAACCGUGCGAGAAUGAUAGUAAAUGAUGAAUAAUAAUACCAGAAAAGAAUCAAUCGACGACUUAUAAGACAUAUGGUGAACACAAAUAGUUAAAAUUUAAUGAAUAUAAUUAAGACAGGAAAUAUAUUAAAAAUACUGCGCUCUCUUAUAUAUUUGUCCCUCGUGUACUAAAAUAAAAUAAUCGAGCUCAUUUCCUCCUUUCCUGGUACAAUAGACAAGUGUGCGAUCGCGAAAGAUCGGAUAUAUCUCGAUACAUAUAUGAUGCGAUGUGUUUACCAUCCCCUUUUAAAUUGCCCACGUAGAUUCUUCGAUUCUAAACUUUCGUUGUGAUAGUGUUUCGUUUCCAUUGGUGCUGUGUGCAGCUUCCUGCAACCCCUGAACCCCUUCGAUAUCCUCGACAGCACACGCACUCUCACGUGGACGGCGGGGCAUGCGCGUGUUCCCGCGUUCACCUGCGAGGGUAUAAAAGCGCGUGUCGAGCGCAUCGGACUCAGUUUAAUCUCGCAAGCAAGACAUAAUUGUUCUGAGCGAGAAGUAGAAGCGGUCGAGCGAUCGAUCGAAAAGGAUCAAUAUAUAGUCUGAAGGUGCCGAAAGUAACAAGUGUAUAAAGGUCUAGCUUGACUUUAAUUGAAAUCCACUUGCGGUCCUGACGCGAAAAGUACGCGUGGUGACACGCGAUAUAAAUCUAUGCAGCGUAUCACGUAAUAAGAGGUGGUACCCAUCACGGUAUCUACUUUAGUCCUCUGGAUAUCUCGCUGUUACGUGUAGAAGCGUGUGUCACGAGUUCAAGUGUCACGAGUGAAAUGUCAAAUGACAUGGAGGAGUCGACGCAACUGACCGAUUCGACCGAUUCGACCGAUCACCGGCAGCAUCAUCAUCGAUAUCAUUAUCAUCAUCAUCACCAUCAUCACCAUCAUCAUCAUCAUCAUCAUCAUCGAGGUAGAACGCCCGGGGGUGAGAUCGGUGACGACGAGUGCAGCACUGACAGUGGCUGCAGCAGCGGCGGCAGUACCGGAAGCGGAGAACAUCUCUCGCGGCGGGGUAGCGGUGAACGAUUGUGCAGAUCCAGCAGAUCUCCGAGAACACAUUGCUAUCCGGAGCGGCUGCGAGGACGACCGACGCGAUCGCAAGAACGGCUUAGCACCAGCGUACAGAGAUCAUCGGAGCGAACCUGGAGCCCUCCUGAGGACGUCAGGAGUCUACCUCGUGGCGGCGAACCCUUAUCAUACUCCUCCAGUCCUUCGGACGCGCAUAGCAGCAGCGAUAGCGACUCCCUCAAGAGACCCUCCACCGCGGAGACUCUACGACGGGCUUUUCAAAAUCUCAAAAUUACCACAUCCAAGUGGGACAGCAACAAAGAGAAGAAGCACGCGAAGAAGAGCCCAAAGAGGAUCUUGCGUAGCCCAGUGCCCUACAUAUAUGUCCGAGGACCAUCUGGUCUACCCACUCAAAGGAUUCCCCGAAAUUCCAGUUCUCAGCAGCAAAUGAUACAACCCUGCUCCUGCCAGGAUCUGGUCGAUCUCUAUCGAUAGAUCUGUAGAUAGAUAUUUCCUGUCGGAAAAGAUGUCGUAAAUUUUGAUCGCAGCGCGGGACCAAGAUACUUUCGCGCUUAGAUUAUUGUUACGUCUCGUCGCGAUUUGUCCCUUUCAAAUUAUUAAUUCGGAUUUAGGGAAUUACGCGAUAUUCCUCAUUUCCGAAUUUUCCUUGGAUUCUUCCCUUCCUUGUCUCAGGUGCCUCCGUCGUUUUCUCGUCUUUCAUUCGACUGCGAUUACAUUUCCUGUGCAACUUACUAUCGGCGCAACUUCUCGAGGCAAGUUGUACUCUUCCAAGUAGUACAAGUCAAGCGUAACGCCGACUCGACGCGAGUUUGCCAACAACAGCGAGACAAGCGAUAAGAAAGGAAAAAACUAUUAACGUAAAGAGACAUCACAUUAAAUUAAAUCUACGCAAUGAUUACCUAUUAGUUGCAUAUGAUCUUCAAUACCGGACGCAGAAAUUAUCAAAUUAUGAAAACACCAAGUAAACGACAAAAGGAUAUAUCGAUUAAUUUUCAAUUGAUUGUGAGAUAUCAAGAGAGAAAAAAAAGAAACUUUCGUGUAUUCAGGAUCGUAUGCACAAUAUACAAUAGAGUAUAUAUUUAAGUAUACUUUUGCAACACCUUUUUACUAAAAACUAUCGUAGAGUGUUUAAAGCCAAAAUAUUAGUCUCGAUACAUGCACAUAUAGAACUACAGUCACUCAACUCAAUUAGAUAUUUUUCUCGAAUCUGAAUAAUGUUCUCUGAUUAGGCGUACACAAAAUGUUUAGAAUGUACGAACGUGCAGACUGAUAGAUUUAAUGUAUAUAAUGUAUUAAUUUAUAUAGUUACUUAUCCGUAAACUUGUACAAGGUUUUAUUAUCCACACGCCAUCGUUAUCUCUAUUGUAAUUAUCCACUAGUAGGACUUUUACCGAAAUUACUCUCUUUAAUGAAGAAGGAGAAAUUGCGAUGUAAUAGUAAUAAUAAUAAAAAUUCAAGUAUUUUUCAAAUGAAUUGAAACGAAUCUCCGAGGUAUGAAAAUAAUGUUGCGGCGAAAUGAUUCUAAAAGCAAAAGUUGAACAAAUGAUGAUGAUUUACUCACGCUUUUUAUCGAAGCUGUAAAGAGAUAAAAGUCAAUUAAGUACAUCGGUGUACAAAAAUAGCGUCGCAAAAUUAUUUCAAGUGCAAAAUAAGAAUACUGCCCUUAAUAACAACUUGUACUAUAAUUAUGAUACUAUAAUAUAAACAUAUUGUUUAGAUGUACAGCGAACCAUCUCAGUUGCGCAAAGGAAAAAAAUCCUCUUUAUUUAUAUACUUGGAAAAUCAGUAUUAUUUACGUACAAGAUAUGUAUAGAUACAUGGUAAGAAUUGGGAUCGACGGUACAUAUCACUAUUGAUGUUUCCCAAACACUUGUAGUUUCCAAAAAAUUAAUGAGCAAAAUUAUCUUUAGCUAAAAUCAAAAGAAACAAGAUGCGCGUUUAAGAUUUUUAAGAGGAGGUCUGAAAGAUUAUAUUAUAUUACUGAAUAUAUGAAAACGUCUAUCUUAAAUAAUGAUAUAAUUUAAAAGAAUUUUUUCAUACUAUUAUGUUUUAUUCAUAUAAAUGUACCAUUUUAUUAUCUAGAUUACUUCUAGAUCUAUUUGCUCUUAAAUCUAUCGAAAUUGAUAUGAAAGUUACAAUGUGAAUUACGAUAGUGCGUUACGAUAGUUUCUUUUCGCGUUGAUCGCGUUAUGUAAACGUAUGAAAAAGCUCAUUGCAAACAGUUUAUUUGGCAGCGCAUGUAAUUAUCAUUGUUUAUGGAAGAAAAAAACGUACAAGAGUACGUUUAGAAAAUCCUUGACAACUGGCAAAGACUGACUAAUUUCACAAAAUUGAAAAAUAUGAUAUGAAAUAUGAAAAAAGAACUGAAAUGUGAUUAGCAAAAAUUCAUAAUUCAUGAGAUACGAAUUGAGAUAAAAAUGUCUGUGUGUGUGCGAUUCGUCUCUCUAGUGCCUUGUAGGUACUCCCAAGCGUGUCUGUACGAUUAAGUGUUAUCAAUGGUAUGUCAGUAAAAAUGCGACAGGAACAAAAUCAUAUCCGCCACGCGGAUUUUCGUUAAAUAUGAUAAUGUAAUUGCAACAAGAAAGAUAGAAUUAAGAUCCGUUACUCAGGACUGAGUGUUUUGUAUUGUUUUUGUCUAUGUCAAACAUUUACGUUUCAAAUAAACGU